GGGAGGCAGCUGGCAGUUGGCAGUAGGUCGAAGGAUCUAGACAUCUCAGAGCUGAGGGCACCCCAGCCCCACCAUCUCUCAGUUCUACAGUUCUACCCCUACUGCGUUCAGAGAACAGAAACCCCAGGAUGUGACGGGCCUGUGCCUUUCUUGGGGGAAGAUUCGUGCCCCCCUGAAUCGUGAAGUCCUUGGCCUGUUUCUCUCUUUCACCUUCUCCCCGGAACAAGUAAAUCCACUCCCACAGCUCAAGUCACAUCUUAACCCUGACGACACAGGCUCCUUCCUGGUGUCUCCAGAGUCAUCUCUCCGGGUACCCCCCAGCUGUCACUUCCAAUGUUCCUCACAUCACUCAGGGCCGGUCUCAUGUCUGUCGAGCAUCUGCUCCAUGUCUGGCAGUUUGGGGGCCACUGAGGACCCAACAGCGAACAAAGCAGAAGCAAAUUUCCGUUUCCUUCCUGCCUCGUGGAGCUGACGCUCUAAGAGGAGAGAGGGACAGGGAGCAUGUAACAGAUCAUCAGGAUGAUUUCAGAUCAUGGCAAGUGCUGAGAGUGUGGAAGUUCUAGAGGCAAGAGGAGGGAGAGGGACCAGGAGGUACUUUAGAAAAGGAGGCCAGGGGGUUUUCCUUGGAGAAGGUCAAUUUUGUGCUAACUUCAGAGAAGUGAGAGAGCAACUCAUUGGGUUAUAUUUGGGAAGAGCAUUCCGGGCAGAGGGAGUAGCCAAUGCAAAGGCCCUGAGGCAGGAUGGAGACUGGCUCCUUCUAAGGAAUGGUGAAGAGGCGCUGUUUGGCAAACAGAGCAAGAGGGGCUGGUCCUCUUGGGGCCUUUUUGAGCAUCAAGGAGCCUGGCUUUUGUCCUCAAUGAGAUGGGGAGGGUUUUCAGCAGGGGGAGGUAAGAUGUAAUUUGGCUGCUUCUAGGAGGGAGAACAACCCGAAGAGGCCAGGGGAAGCUUUAUGACCUGGACCAGGUGCUGGCUGCGGAGAUGGAGAAGAGAGGGCAGGGUCUGGAGGGAGCAUCGUCAGCAAACAAAGGCCCAGCUGGGGAAAUGGGGGUGGCUGUGGGCCAGGCUGUGUCUGCCAUCCUCUCUCCCGCUGCAGACCCUGCAGACUCAGAGCCGGCCAUGAAGGUUCUGCUCCUCACGGGGCUGGGAGCCCUGUUCUUCUCCUACUACUGGGAUGACAACUUCGACCCUGCCAGCCUCCAGGGAGCCCGGGUGCUGCUGACCGGGGCCAGCGCAGGCGUCGGGGAGGAGCUGGCCUAUCACUACGCUCGCCUGGGCUCCCACCUGGUGCUCACGGCCCACACCGAGGCUUUCCUGCAGAAGGUGGUAGGGAACUGCCGGAAGCUGGGCGCUCCCGAGGUCUUCUACAUCGCUGCGGACAUGGCCUCCCCCGAGGUGCCCGGGCGCGUGGUGCAGUUUGCGCUGGACAAGCUGGGAGGGCUGGACUACCUCGUGCUGAACCACCUCGGCGCCACCCCGGCAGGCACGCGGUCCCGGAGCGUCCAGGGGACACGCUGGCUCCUGCAGGUGAACUUGCUGAGUUACGUGCAGCUGACCUCGCUGGCGCUGCCCAGCCUGACCGACAGCAGAGGCUCCCUGGUGGUCGUGUCCUCGCUGCUCGGCCGUGUGCCCACGUCCUUCUCCAGCCCGUACUCGGCGGCCAAGUUCGCGCUGGACGGCUUCUUCGGCUCCCUGCGGCGGGAGCUGGACGUGCAGGACGUGAACGUGGCCAUCACCAUGUGUGUCCUGGGCCUCCGGGACCGCGCCUCGGCCGCAGAGGCAGUCAGGGGAGUCACGAGGGCCAAGGCGGCCCCGGGGCCCAAGGCGGCCCUGGCGGUGAUCCGCGGCGGUGCCACCCGCGCCCCCGGCGUCUUCUACCCGUGGCGCUUCCACCUGCUGGGCCUGCUCCGGGGAUGGCUGCCGCACCCGAGGGCCUGGUUCAUCCGCCAGGAGCUCAACGUCACCGCUGUCGCCGCUGCCGCUGCCUGAGCUCCCGGGGCGGCGCUCCUUCGUCUUCCCAGAGGGGAGCCCUCCAUCCAGCCGUCCCAGAGCGGCGACACCCAUCGAGACACCUCUGAGCGGGUGGCCGAGGCCCGACACAGAGUCAUCAAGACAGAAAAGGAAAGCCGAGAAAAACUUGCCAGCACCUGGAAACAGCCGCAGCUCCGAGUUUGCAAGCGUUGAUCGUGUGCCAGGCACCUGGUCAGCGACUUGGAAGGCGUUUCCUCAGUCAUCCGGGCCACCGUCGGUGACGUGAUUGCUGCUUCCAUUUUGCAGAUGAGAAAACUGAGGCUAAGAGAGGGGGCGUGACUCUCCCCAGGCCCCAGGCUGCAUCCAUCAGGGCACCCGGGGAGCCCUGGCCAUUUCUUGGAACCACCGCAUCCCUGGUCUCUUUCUGCUCGCUCAACCUUGGAGCGGCCCCUACCCUUGCCCCCGCAGGUGACAGCCUUGAGGCCGUCCCUCCGUGGAUGGGGUCCCGGGCGCGGAGGAGGGAAAGGAUGUGCUCUGGGCUGGACCCAGCCUUCUGUUUCACAAUAAAAACCCUUCUUUUGCACAUAGGUUCA